AUGAUCAGCAAGUCCCGCUGGAAGCUCCUGGCCAUGCUGGCGCUGGUCCUGGUCAUCAUGGUGCUGUACUCCAUCUCCCGGGAAGACAGUUUUUAUUUUCCAAUCCCUGAGAAGGAGGAGUCGUGCCUGCAGGGUGAGGCGGAGAGGAAGGUCUCUAAGCUCUUCGGCAAUUACUCCCGGGAUCAGCCCAUCUUCCUGCGGCUAAAGGAUUAUUUCUGGGUGAAGACGCCCUCUGCCUACGAGCUGCCCUACGGAACCAAGGGGAGUGAAGACCUGCUUCUCCGGGUCCUGGCCAUCACCAGCUACUCCAUUCCCGAGAGCCUCCAGAGCCUCAAGUGCUGCCGCUGCGUGGUGGUGGGCAACGGGCACCGGCUGCGCAACAGCUCGCUGGGCGAGGCCAUCAACAAGUACGACAUGGUCAUCAGGUUAAACAACGCCCCCGUGGCCGGCUACGAGGGCGACGUGGGCUCCAAGACCACCAUGCGCCUCUUCUACCCCGAGUCCGCCCACUUCAACCCCAAGGUGGAGAACAACCCCGACACGCUCCUCGUCCUGGUGGCCUUCAAGGCCAUGGACUUCCACUGGAUCGAGACCAUCCUGAGUGACAAGAAGCGGGUGCAGAAGGGCUUCUGGAAACAGCCUCCCCUCAUCUGGGACGUGAACCCCAAACAGAUUCGGAUUCUCAACCCCUUCUUCAUGGAGAUCGCAGCUGAAAAACUGCUGAGCCUGCCGAUGCAGCAGCCACGCAAGAUCAAGCAGAAGCCCACCACAGGCCUGCUGGCCAUCACCCUGGCCCUCCACCUCUGCGACGUGGUGCACAUUGCCGGCUUCGGCUACCCGGACGCCCACAACAGGAAGCAGACCAUCCACUACUACGAGCAGAUUACGCUCAAGUCCAUGGCGGGCUCAGGCCACAACGUCUCCCAGGAGGCCCUGGCCAUCAAACGGAUGCUGGAGAUCGGAGCAGUCAAGAACCUCACGUACUUCUGA